CGUUCGUCUUUGGAGGGAGCUGGCAUGGGAGUGUAUUUUUGAGAAUUACACCGUGCCCAGGCCAGGGAUACAGGACAUACUGUCGCAGAGCUUGGACCCAUAAUCCUGGACUUUUUCUGACUUGGGGUCAUUUUGCUUUGGAGUCUGGGGGAGCAGUGAACUUUUUCUACCCUACGGAGUCUGUCAACUUUCAAAGGCUGAUGUCUGCUUCCCGAAUAGGCUUGCCUUGUUCCCUUUCUCUGAGCCUACCUUGAAGAAUAGAAGAAUGGGACAGACGCGCUACUCAAGACCGGUAUAUCCAGCUCCCUUGGCUGAGGAGGUGGAUCAGCCAUCACAGGAUGCUGGAACGGUGGCUGAAGUUCUGGAAUCCGGUGACACGACCCCCCCUUCCAAGAGAAAGAGCAAGUUUGCUGGGUUUGGCAAGAUCUUUAAACCUUGGAAGUGGCGGAAAAAGAAAACCAGUGGAAAAUUUAAGGAAACAUCAGAAGUUUUAGAACGAAAGAUUUCAAUGCGAAAGCCAAGAGAGGAGCUCAUUAAAAGAGGGGUUCUGUUGGAAGAUGUUGAACAGGGUGAGUUUACCCACUGUCUUCCUCUGUGUGUUCUACAUUUGCAGUUCCAGCUCUGACAAACCUCAUCUUUGGCAUUCCAUGCCUGGGUGCCCCCUCAUUUACUCCCCUCAUUUCCUCUCACCCCCUUCCCCAUCUCUGCUAAAUGUGACUCUCUGUCCUUGUCUGCCCUUUGAACGUUUUUGCUAUGGGUUCUGUAUGUUCCAGGGAGAGCCGGCGAAAGAACGUUUCAUUUAUUUCCUUCCUUUUUUCCAAGGAGACAUUUUAGGUGACAGAUUAUGAGUUGCUGAAGGUCAGCUAGCGAGUAGCUGGAAAGCUCACUUGGAUUCCAAGGGAGCAGUGAAAAUGAAUACUGCAGGGGUAAAGCACGUCUUUCAUAUAUGUGAAAGGCUUUGGUUCAAUUCUUGAUCAUUGAUGAUGGGGCUGGACAAGACUUCAUCUGAAAUUGUGGAUGACUGCUGCCAGCCUGGCUUCAUCUGUGUUGGGAUGGCAACUCCCAGAAUUCCUAGCAGAUGUGUGCUCACAUCUGGACAAUUCAAGACUGAGAUAGAGCAGGAAUGCUCAGUAUUUUGGGACCAUAAUUUAGACUUUUGAAAGCAUUGGCAUUGCCAGUCAUAAAACCCUUAUUUGCUGGAAAGGAACAAGUGAGGAUCCUCACUGCCAACUGUUCUAGAUUCCCAGGAUGUUUCCCUCUCCCCCUCCCAGGUGGGUACACUUUCUAAAAAAAAAAAGAAAAAAGAAUGCCUUAAUGCAAG